AUGUUUUUGCAAGCGUGUGCCAAACGACAUCCUGUUCGGUAUUCGUUGUCGGCGGGGUCGCGAAUACAAACGAUCGAGAGAAACGAAUCCGUCGGAUCCAGACCCUCGGUGGAUCGGGCAUGUGACUGUGAUUCUGGCUGUCAAUGUGCUUACGCAUGUGUAUGUGUAUGCGUAUGUGUGUAUUGUUGUAUUCCUUCAUGGGGCCUUGUUUGCCGGAGGAGUGAGAGAGGGUUGGCAGGCAAUUCUUGCAUUCCGUUACAUUUCAGUCCUGCCAACGACCAGAAAUUGUGGGCUCGUCUUCAGGGCCUGCUCCCCAGCGUUCUCUCCUCGCAAGGUUCCACCCCCUCCCCGCACACAAAGUACCAGCUCCCCUCCGCGCGUCGUCGUUCGGUCUUCCUAACCCAAAUCUCGCAUGACCAUGUAACAACAAGACGAGUAGGCCGGGCCGGUCUUAUUCUUCCAAUCAAAUGGAUUAUGCAACUGACAGUUGAUGUAAUCCCCGACUCGACUCGACUUGGUUGCGAGAGCGCGAGCUGA